AUGAAGAAAAUGCAACAGCGCCACAAAGCAGAAAAAGAAAACGAUCAUGGUUACCUAUCAAAGACUGUAUCUAGACAAAGUCGGUCAACAAGCAGUGAUAUUGGUCAUCGUAGAAGACGGAGAAGUCGUAGUCACUCUGGUUCGCAAUACUGUCGUUCAUACUACAAACAUAGAUGUGAAAGUCCAUCAUUUCAUAGACAUACAAGGCGCAGACAAAAAUCUUACAGAUACUCCCAUCGUUCUGGAAGUUCUCGUAGUGAUGAAAGCCGCUAUAAACGUAGUAAACAUCGGAGAAGAAAACACUCCCAUCGACGCAGGCAUCGAUCAUCUUCUACUACUGGUUCUGUGUGUUCGUACAAAAGUCGAAAUUUGACACAUUCAAAAAAGAAAAGAAAACGAAAGAACAGAAGUCCUACGGAUAGUUCUGAUAGCACUUCUUGUAGUUCAAAUCAUUUAAAACAAAAACCAAAAUCGUUAAUUGAAGAAGAAGUGAUCACAUCAUUUACUGGCGAUCCGGUUGUUUAUCCUCCAUGUGUACGUCUAAUGGUACUAGCAUCACAAUAUGCUCAAACAGGACAACUUUUUAUCAUUACAAGUCAAGAGUCAAUUGAAGGCAAGGGUUGUAUUGGCAAGUCGUCUCAUUUAUGCCCAUAUGCACAUUUAACAAAUGACCCAGAGAUAAGUGAAUUGCAUUGUGAAGUUAUUUACGAUACAGAUAGUCGUCAAUAUUCUCUACUGGAUAGAGGUUCUAAUUUCAGUACCACUAUCAAUGGUAUUACUUUGGCAAAAUGUAAAUCAUCAAUAUUACGUCAUGGUGAUAUAAUACGAUUAGGUUCAACCCGUUUACUUGUACACAUACAUAAUGGUAAUGAAACAUGUGGACAAUGUGAUCCAGACGAGAUUAAGGCUGCUUUAACUUCAAUUAUAGAUGUCAAUGAAACAAUCAGUUCUACAAAUGAUGAUAUGAAUACAGAAAAUCUAACUGAAACUAUACCGACACAUUCAUCAAAAGAUGCUGAAAGACGUGCAAAAUUAGAUGAAAUAAAGAAAAAAUAUGGUUUAAAGUUUCCACGAAUAAGACCUCAGGCAAAGACAGACAGACAAUAUAUGGAUCGUGCUGCACAACGACGUGCAAUCGAAGCAAAUUUAAAAGCAGCAGGUUAUCCAUUACCUCCUGCACCAGGUGUAAUAAAACAGCAACUUAUUAAAACUCCACUAAUAACUCGAGCAACACCAGCCAGUGUAUAUAAACCUAUUGGAGAUGAAAAUAAAGGAGCUAAAUUAUUAGCUAAAAUGGGUUGGACACCUGGUCAAGGAUUGGGUAAAAGUAAAACUGGAAUUUCAGAACCGAUAACUGUUAGUUUACGUGUCAAUCCACAAGCUGGUCUUGGUUCAAGCAGUUUAUCAAACAAUACAAUACCGAUUGAUUCAACACCAAGAGAAUUAUCACAAGCAUAUAUUCGUGCAAAAACAAAAGAACGCUUUGAUAAAUUAUCAUAA